AUGACAGCUCUUGCAAUCUGGCGGAAGGAUUAUACAGAAGGUUUACAUGUAGACUUCCUAGACCACCUCACACCGGCACUAAUCUGCCAACUUUUCUUUAUCCUCUCAGCAGCCGCCGUCCUCGCAGUCGCGUUCACACCCCCUUCCACGCGCCAACUUCUCAUCCAAUACGGCGCUCGCAGCUCAUCGUCCGCUCGAAACUCUCACGAGGCUCAGCGGGAUCAUGACGACGUUGGGGCAAAGCAAGACAAGUUCACCAGGCUCAUCAGCUGCGUUACGUCCGUCGGCAACGUGCCGCAUUCAUGGUUCAUGCAUUUCUACGUACUGUCCAUCUCGAGCUCCGUCUUCUGGGCAUUUCAGUUCAUGUGCCGUGGAUCGAUCCUCAACGGCAUUGCUAAGAGCCAGACCGCAGUAUCAUCGGCAGCGGCGACUAUGAGCAUCAACCAGGUUUUCCUGACGUGGUUGAUGAUGCUGAUGCAAGGGGGCCGACGCCUGUACGAGCACCUGGCCAUCAUCCGACCUUCAUCCUCCAAGAUGUGGGUUGUCCACUGGCUUCUGGGCUGUGCCUAUUACCUUUGUAUCGGCGUGUCCAUUUGGGUCGAGGGAUCGAGGUCAAUUUUGUACUACAACCGGCGAUUCUCCCAUGUUGAGGCGCCUUCGUUGAAUGAGCUUGUUGGGCUAGUGCUAUUCCUGUUCGGCUGGUCAAUGCAGUACAGGUGUCACAAGUACCUCUCAAGCUUGAGGAAAUAUUCGUUUCCAGAAGAGGGCAUGUUUCGGUUCUUGAUCUGUCCACAUUAUACUUGCGAAUGCCUGUUGUACCUUUCAAUCGCAAUCACAGCAGCUCCGAAGGAUCAAUGGUACAACCAGACGCUGAUGUGCGGCUUAUUAUUUGUCUCAGUCAAUCUUGGUGUCACUGCCCGUGGAACGAAGACGUGGUAUGUGGAAAAGUUCGGCACCGAGAAGGUUGAGGGCAGAUGGUUGAUGAUACCUCUCGUGUACUGA